UGUACUAUGUUAAGGUUUCGGGACCUUGCGCCCCCUAAAUCCGUGGUUCGAGUGGAGGCCGAAUCUUGUGUGCACGGCGGACAAAGACAAUAGAGAGUUGCUCAGAGCAGCAAAAACUGGCAAACUGAUUAAAGCCAACAAUAAGUGUUAUGCUCACCGCUCGACUCAGACUCCGGUCUUCCGCCAUGGCUGGUGUUGCUUCUUUUAUCUCAUCUUCAUCGGCUUCAACAUCAUCCGCAGUUUCCAAAAACCUUUCUUUUCCAACCAUUUCCAAUCGGCAGCUGUUCAAGAGCCGUGUUUAUCUUCCCCACCGAAUCCCCAAUGCUUCAAUUCGAUGCUUCGCUUCCACUACAGCUUCGUCUAAAAUCCGCGUUGAAAAUCCUAUUGUUGAAAUGGACGGCGAUGAAAUGACGAGGGUUAUAUGGACAAUGAUCAAAGACAAGCUAAUAUAUCCUUAUCUAGAGUUGGAUACGAAGUAUUACGAUUUGGGGAUAUUGAACCGUGAUGCCACUGACGAUCAAGUUACUGUUGAAAGUGCCGAGGCUACACUUAAGUAUAAUGUGGCAAACUGCAUUGCAACACUUUCUCAUUUACCUACUUUUGAUGUUUCAGAUGAGACCAGAGUCAAGGAAUUUGGGCUGAAGUCUAUGUGGAGAAGUCCCAAUGGCACAAUCAGAAACAUUUUAAAUGGUACUGUUUUCCGGGAGCCUAUAUUAUGCAAGAACGUCCCCAGAAUUGUUCCUGGUUGGAAGAAACCCAUUUGUAUUGGUAGGCAUGCUUUUGGUGACCAGUAUCGUGCCACAGAUGCAAUUAUUAAUGGGCCAGGAAAGCUUAAAAUGGUUUUUGAGCCAGAAAAUGGGGAAGCCCCUACGGAACUGGAUGUUUAUGAUUUUAAAGGUCCAGGUGUUGCACUUGCCAUGUACAAUGUUGACCAGUCAAUUCGAGCGUUUGCUGAAUCAUCAAUGUCAAUGGCGUUUUCGAAGAAAUGGCCUCUAUACUUGAGUACAAAAAAUACAAUUUUAAAGAAAUACGAUGGAAGGUUUAAGGACAUUUUUGAAGAGGUAUAUGAAGAGAAGUGGAAGCAACAGUUUGAGGAACACUCGAUAUGGUAUGAGCAUAGAUUGAUAGACGACAUGGUAGCUUAUGCAUUAAAAAGCGAGGGUGGAUAUGUUUGGGCAUGCAAGAACUAUGAUGGAGAUGUCCAGAGUGAUCUGCUCGCUCAAGGAUUUGGUUCUCUGGGCCUCAUGACCUCUGUAUUGUUAUCUUCUGAUGGUAAGACAUUAGAAGCUGAAGCAGCCCAUGGCACAGUAACCAGACAUUUUCGGCUGCAUCAAAAGGGUCAAGAAACAAGUACAAACAGUGUUGCUUCUAUUUUUGCAUGGACAAGGGGACUUGGACAUAGGUGAGUUCUGUUUCAAUUCUCUAAGACUAUUACCAAGAGUAGGUGGAAUUAUGAACUUAUUGCCUGCUUGAUUUGAUCUCAUGUUGGCCCUAUAAUUAGGAUGGAAAACAGAAAAAGGGAGGAGUAGCAUAAUUGUAAAAAUGAAAUCUAUAGAAAUUGUGUCACUCUUCUGUCCCAUAUUGUAGGUCAUGUUCACUUCACACAUUCAA